CGACUGGAUGCCGGAGUCCCAGGGAAAGGAGGAGAGAGAGGCAAGUUCAAGGUGAGCGGCCAGAUGCCGCCAUGGGAGCACUCCUAUCCUGUGAGCAGACCCAUGGUUCUCCUGGCAACAGCCCUUGUACUCUGCAGACUGCUGGACCUGGCUUUUCUGCUGACCCCAGAGCCCCUGGACCUGCCGGCCGCAGACCCGGAGCCCAGUCUAAAUGUCAAGUUUGACCCAAGGAACAUGACAUUGGCCUGGGACUGCCAGGAGAACACCACCAGCAGCAAGUGCUUGCUGGUUGCCAAAGAGGAGGAGCGUGUGGUGAAGAAGCCCAGGAAAGAGGAAUGCUGGUGUAGGUUUGCGGACCUCUCCCUGCACCAAGGUGCCCUUCUUGAAGUUCAAGUCGUCACUAGCGAAAGAUCAAUGCAAGAAAAACUGCUUUACACUAACCCAGGUGCGAAGGGCACAGCCGCCCAGAACUUCUCCUGCGUCAUCUACGAUGUAGAUUUCAUGAACUGCACUUGGGCCAAGGGGCCUGCGGCCCCACGGGACGUCCAGUAUUUUCUGUAUAUACGAGACUCAAAGAGAGAAAGGGAAAAAGAGUGUCCGGGGUACAUACAAGACUCGGGAACACACAUCGGGUGUCACCUGAAAAACCUCUCGGGUCUUAGUUUCUACAACUAUUUCCUGCUCAACGGCACCAGCCAGACAGCAGCUAUCCAGUUCUUCGACUCUAUUUUGUCAACAAAAAAGAUUGAGAGGUACAACCCACCGGCCAACAUCACCAUAUGCUGCAACGCGUCACACUGCCUCGUGCGUUGGGAGGAGCCCCGGACCAGGCAGAACCUGUCCCACAGGGAUUUUCGGUACCAGCUGGACAUCCAGAGAAAGAACAUAUCACCUGGGAGCAGAAAUUCAUUGAUCGAUGUUUCUGGCGAUUUGGAAAAUAAAUACAGCUUCCCCAGUGCUGAGCCCAGGGCCAAGCACAUCGUGAAAGUGAGAGCUGCUAACUCCAGAGACCCACAGUGGAGUGCGUGGAGCCAGCCCGUCGAGUUCGGCUCUGAGGAUCCGGAAGACAGUGUCCUGUACAUCUACAUUCUGGUGGUUGUGGGGACUCUCGUCUGUGCUCUGGUCCUCACCUUCCUCUUUAAGAGGUUCAUCAGGACACACAGGCUGUUUGCCCCGAUUCCAAAGAUCAAUGAUAAAUGGAGUGGUAACCACCAGGUUCCAUGGGAGGACUUCACGCCACACCCACGGAAAAGUAUCGAGGAUGAGGAGGUCUUGGCCGUGGAAGAAGUCACCACACCCUCGAAGGGCGUGUGAAGUGGACGGACAGGAGUCUCCCCUCCCGAGAUUCUGGGAGCUGGUUUUUUGUUGAUAUUAAUGCUGUGAGCCUUCGUAGAAUUUUCUAUAUUUUUUUAUUCACUUGUUAAACACACGCGGCAAACCAGCUCGCAUUCUGGGGAAAGGGCGCUCCCUCCCAGUCAACUGUGAGUGUCCCCAUAAACCAUGACCUUUGUUGGAGUA